GCUGUGAUUUUUGUGUAAAACUUCUCCCCUAAUGGGAUGAAAUGUGGGGGUUAUUUAAGGCGAUGUGGGUUUUUAGAAACCUUACAAGAGACAGGACCUGGAAUUGGUAACAAUUUACUCAUGAGAUUGAAAUUUGUGCCGAUAUCUCUAUGUUUUAAACAAUAAAACCCGAGAAACUUACAAGGCAGAACAAUAAGAUUUGAUAUUUGUAACUUAUAUCCUCUGUCAUUCUAGAAUCUUUUCCCGCUGACCAUAACAAAACAAUAAAGCAGUGUAACACAUGGCACUCCCACAAACUGUACUCCUAUUCACAAACAAUCUGACUCAGAGUCCACAGUUCCCUACAACAGCGGGAGGAGGAAAGAAGCAAAAAAACUAACCCUAAAGCUGCAGAAGAUUUUAAGCAAUUUCUCAUUUAAAUCUCAAAAGCAGUCAUUUUUUUUCUCCUGGAAAAUAUGGAGAAGACCUCCAGCGUCCAUUUUAACAACGGGACAGAAUUUAAAACAAAACCCAAAAGGGAGAGUGAAAGGGAGGCAACAGCAGCAUCAUCAAGUCAUCGCCAAAGGACUUCCAAGGCAGGCCGGCUUCCUGAGGCGAGGAAAGAGAGACGACAGAGGGAGAAACAGAAGAGAAAUGAGGAACAGGAAGGAGAGUUGAAUUUAAAAUCCACUGUGGUGGACAUUGACAAAGUAAGAGAUGAUCGUGUCAAAGACGAAAACCUGGGGCUACUGGAGGCAGCAGAGCAGGAAUAUGCAGGUUCGAAGCACAGAGGACUGGGGGUCUUUGAGUGGCUGCUGAUUGUCCUCGUCAUGACGUUGGUUCUUGUCUUCUUCCCUCUGUCCAUAUGGUUUUGUGUCAAAAUAGUCAGGGAGCACGAGAGAGCUGUGGUCUUCAGACUGGGUCACCUCCUGCGUGGAAGACCCCGAGGACCAGGCCUGAUUUUUUAUCUCCCACUCCUUGAUGUUUGUCACAAGGUCGACAUUCGACUGAAAAUGAUGAAGAUUCCUCUCCAUGUGGCGGUGACGAAGGACUUGGUGAGACCAGAGCUGAGCGCGGUGUGUUAUUACCAGAUAGAGAACAUGGCUCUGUGCACCACGGCUCUGUCCGAUCUGACCUCCCUGCUGCAGACUGUGGUCCAGGCCGCAGUCAGAGAUGUCCUGGCCCAACAUGCCUUCAGUCACAUCCUGCAGCACAGAAGGAGAAUCGGUCAGCAGGUCCAAACUGCUGUGGACUCUGUCGCCUGCCGCUGGGGCAUCAGGGUGGAGAGAGUGGACAUAGAUGAGGUCACCUUUCCUGUUGGGUUACAAGAGAGUCUGGCUGCUGAGGCCGAGGCACAGAGACAACAACAGGCCAAAGUCAAAGCUGCUGAAGUGGAGACAACAGCCUGGGAGGGGUUAAGAGCCUCCUUCCGUCACCUCCACCCUGCCCUGGUCCUCCCAUUCCCCCCUGACCUCCUCAGUUUGACCUCCGACCAAUCAUCCUUACCUCCCCCUCCGCCUCCCGCUGUGGAGGAAGAAGAGGCAACGGUGACGGAGGGGGGCCGAGGAACAGACUCCCCCAUGAUGUGACUGUCAAGAAGGGUUUAUUAAAAUCAUCAACUCCACUACAUUUGUAGAUUGAAACGCAUUGUAUCAAAGGCCAGUAAAGGGUAGUGUGAUUUUAAUGAGUAUCAAGCAAAAGUUUAGACUUUUUAUAAAUAUAAUUUAUGAAUAAUUUUUAAGACUGCACUUGUUAGGACUAUAAUAAAGUAUAAAGAAGUCUCAGCCAAGACACUCAAUAACAAAAAAGAUGCUUCAAAAGCAACUUCAAUAAAUAUGUUGUUGUUAAUU